CGGACUGAUCCCUAUUUACUUCUUUGCGCUCCCCACGUUAGUCCAAUCCGCCAUGGACAUUUGACAACUACAAGACGAUGGCUCGUAGCCAGAAUCUGCAGCUUUUGGCGCUUUGGUAAGUCCAUGCGGUGUCAUCCCAUCCCAUCCUAUACCACGCACAUGCGAUGCGAUGCGCCAGUAAUUUGUUUUUUGGGGUGGCACGAGGGCGGUUGUGGUCGACACAAACCAUGGGUCUGGUGUUGGCAUCUGGUUGCAAGUAGUGUGUGUACAUCAGCUAACCUCACGCUACACAGCAACCUCAUCGCGACGACAAUAUGGAUUUCCCUCAAAUACGACACUACCUCUGCUCUUGGUAAUUAUAUUCCUCGCCAACUGCUGCGCCGAAUUGACCACUAAUUGCUGGCCGUAGAACGCCCCAUCCACCUAUCAGUAUCCAUUCUAGUGCUAUGUAGCUUGCUUUGCUAUACGCUUCAGCGACGGGCAGGAAAAGGCAACAUCUACGUACUGCUACCUUUGCAACAGCUUGACGAUCAUGAUUCAAUUUCCAAGGAGGUCAAUUCGCAGAAGAAUCCGGCCCUUCGUGGGCGCAUAGCGAGGCCCGCGAGGCAGAUAUGGGCCUUGAUUCGACAUCACAGACGCGCUGGCACAAUCAAGCGUUCAUGGGUGCUUUUGGUGUGUUGCAUUACACUUCGAGUUGUGCUCUUCGGGAAAGUCAUCAAAUCGGUGCAAUGCUCGUGGAAUGGGGUUGAGGUGCGUUUCGUUACAUAUUGCUCUACAUGAUAAGAGCAGCAAAGCUAACGGUCCAUGUCCAGUUACUUCUCCCUGUCCUCCUUGCGCUCUUCGAACGAGUCGACAAAGAGCAUCCUGGAUUCUAUUCGCCUCGCUAUUCUUUCCUUCUCGGUGUUUUUGCAUUCUCUUCGCUCGCAACGAUUGCUCUCACGACUCAAAAUUCGACAUACAUCUGUCCCUUGGCUGAUAACUGGGGGAAACUGGUGCGCUUCUUCCAGUUCUUGGGUUUAUUUCUAGAUGCUGGCAUAGUGGUGGCUUUUUCUAGGAUAUCGAAGGACUCGGAAACCUCUGUCAAGCCGUGGUCUGUACUCACCGGAUUGACUCUCACUUCCGCCUUGACAAUCACUAUCAUUGCCGUGCUAUCUCUCACAAGGGACACAGACGGUGUUCUCUAUUCAUUAAUUCCGCCCUCGAGAAUUGUUUAUGGGAUAUUUUUUUAUGCCCUGUUGUGGACGGUCUGCCUGGCAUCAAUUGUUUAUUUGAUGAGUGAGCUUCGCCCUAAAUUGAUUUUCACUAUCGCGGCAUCUAUUUCGCUAUAUUUCUCUUUCUUUCAGGGAUCGCAGAGGGGUGAUUUCUCUCCUAACCCUCCCUUGCUACAUGUGGCAAUUUGCUUCAUUGGAUAUGCGUCCAUCACGGGACUUCUUCGCCUCGAGCGAGAGGCAAUAUUGACUCAACGAAGCCUCUCAUUAAGCCAAAACUCUUGUAAAUUCCUGGCGGUGCUCUUUGGAUGUUUGGGCACUUUCUUCUUUGGGUCACAACUCCUAUGUCUUUUCACAUCAACUCGACGAGAGCCACAUCCCAUCAAUACUCUGAUUCUGGAUGCACAACAGGCUUCUGUAAAGUGGGAAAAACAGGCAGCACUUAGCGACACACUAGAAGAGGCUGUUUUGGAAUAUCAAUCACGAUAUGGAAUACCCCCACCACCAAACUUCGACAUAUGGUACGAAUUUGCCACUGCUCGGGGUUCAGUUGUUAUUGAUGACUUUGGGCAAAUAAAUGACGAUCUCCUGCCCUUUUGGGGUAUGAAACCCGCUGAAAUUCGGAGAAUGACAGCUCACAUGAUGGAAAGACCUUGGACCGAAGUCGGGUCUUUACGAAUCUCAAACGGAACGACUAUUAUUGGACCUCAUAUGGCCCCUACACAUAGAUGGAUGAUUGAAGAGGCCAGUUUUAUGAUGAAUGAAUUUGUUAAAUGGCUUCCCGACAUGGAUCUGGCUUUUGAUAUCAACGAUGAGAGUCGUGUCACUGUUCCAUGGGCAGAAAUGAAAAAACACAAAGAAGAUGCAAUUCUUGCUAGAAAGAAGUUGAGCCAGAGCAAAAAUCUGCAAUCUUUUAGCACAGAUAUUGCGUGGGAUAGCGACUUUCUCUCUCCGGAGCCUCCUCUAAGUUCGCCUUCGGAGUAUUUUUAUAGCGCUUCUUUCCGGUCCUCAUUCGAGGAAUACGGAACAAUUGGCUGUCUCCCUGAUUCGCUUUCUCGAAGCCAAACACGGUGGAAUCAGAAAUCUUUUUGCCCCCAAUGUGCUGCACCUCAUUCACUUGGUCCUUUCAUAAGCAACUGGACACUCUCUGGUUCUUUGUGCCACCAACCCGAUCUUCGAAACCUACAUGGACUUCAUCUGUCGCCAGCAGCUUUCAAACCCACCACCAAGCUCUAUCCCAUAUUCUCUCAAUCAAAAAUACCCACCUUCAACGACAUUCUAUUUCCCUCUCCGUGGAAUUAUCAGGAUAAAGUGAACUAUGAGAGCAACAAAGACCCCUCUUUUUCCAGAAAACAAAACACGCUAUUCUGGCGUGGGGCUACUUCGGAAGGCGUCGCAUUACAUGGGGCAUGGCAAGGCAUGCAACGCCAACGAUUUGUGCAUCUGAUGAACUACGCUCAAAAUACCACGACUCACAACUUUCUUCUCACACAAGCCCAAGGGUAUGGGUACUGCCACCAAUCCCUCCCUCUUUCAGAACUCCGCUCUGCAACUAAUAUCGACGUUUCAUUCGUGGAUAGCCCAGCUCGAUGCGGUGGUUACGACUGCCAAAUUCAGAAAAUAGAAUUUGACUGGGGGACCUCCGUCAGUUUCCAAGACCACUGGCAAUACAAAUAUCUAUUUGAUCUUGACGGCGCGGGUUUCAGCGGACGAUUUCUCCCAUUCCUUAAAAGUCGAAGUCUUGUUCUAAGAGCGGCUAGUUUCCGACAAUGGUUUGAUGAGAGACUUACGGCCUGGACGCAUUAUGUUCCUGUGGAUCCAAGGUUACAUGAUGUGUGGGACCUGCUUGCGUAUUUUGGAGGGAUAGGAAUCGCGAGGAUUGGUGCGAGGGAGGCGGAGGCGCAGAAGAUUGCGCUUGACGGACGAAAUUGGGCGGGGAGAGUGUUGAGGAAGAACGAUAUGGAGGUCUAUAUGUUUCGGCUGCUACUGGAGUGGGGGAGAAUCGUGGAUGAUCGCAGAGAGAGUAUUGGGUUCGUUUUACCAGAGAAGAAACCGGUGGAGCCGGUGCAACGGAAAUAG